AGUGAAGUCUUUAACUUUAACCAUCCAAACUAGUUCUUGUCUUCCUCUUGUUUGCGCCUCCAUGGUUAUCCUCUUCAUUUGCCUUUCAUCUUUUCACAGUGUUUGAUCCUCCGCCUUCAACGGCGGCUCUUGCCUUUCCACCGUGUUUUCUCCUCCGCCUCCAACGGCGGCUCUUAUCUUUUCAUGUUACUCCUCCGCCUUCCUCCAUAGAUGGAUCUCCGGUCAUCUCAGAAGAUUAUGAAAUGGAUAGCGUGUCUUGUGAGCAAACGGAUCAGCAGGGGCUGUGUGAGAAGAGGUGGUAGUUGAAUAGCGUGUGAAGAUUAAUAAAUCUCAAACCAUAUCAGAAGAUUAUCAGAUCUAUUAUAUUAAGAAGGUUCAAGUCUAGGGCCUCUUUUUUUGAGUUUGUGAUCUUGGAUUAUUUGCAUUGGCUAUAUAAAUGGAAGAUGAAAGUGUUGGGAUGAGCUGAUACCUGAACCUUCAGGAAUCAGAGUUACUGUUGGCAAGAGAUUUAUAUUGAGGAAUGGAGUAAAAAACGCGAGCCUCAUCACACUGAUCGCAUGCUUAGAAUGUUGAUCACUAGAAGCUGUGGUUCGCUUUGCAAGCACUGCGUCAGUAGCAAUUCCAGGAGAAAAGAUGGUCAUCAUUUUGUAAUUGUUUCCGUUUAUUAUUGCUGACAGAAACAGUUCUGAAAUGAUGACCGUGUGUUUAUAAAUCAUACCGACAGACAUUUUGAAUAUGUAUCGGAAUGAGGACAUUGGCAUAAAUGAGGUCUACAGCAAGCAUGAUCCUUCGGCAGCCAUAUCACCCCCUGUUUCAGGACAUACUGCGCCUCCAUUUGGAAGCUACCCUGGACAUUUUCAAUCAACAAUUCCAGCCGCGGGUUUGUCGUAUGGUCUUGGUCCUGGAUCUUCACUUCAUCCUGCUGCAGGCUUCUUAAGCGAUGCCUAUUGGAUUUCAAAUAUUGCCGAACGCCCUAAAAAGGCUCCUGUGCCUAAUUGGCUUAAAGAAGAAAUAAUUAAGAAUGCAUCUGUUAUCACACGCUCUUCUUUAGAGCAUGCUAAAGAGGAAUCAAAAUUCAUAGAGGAUGAAGGUGUUGAUAGAUUGUAUGGGAAGGGUGAGCAAGCUGAUAGCAGAAGUGUUGAUUCUCCUAGGUCGAAUGAAGAAGAAGAAGAAGAAGAUGAGGCUGCUGAGGAAGUUGCUAAAUCUGCUGCCCUUAAUCAAGAAAUAAAACGUGUUUUGACUGAAGUUCUUUUGAAGGUUAGCCGCAUUAAUCUAAUUGGAUGAACUGCAUUCAGGAGAAGACAUUAAGAGUUAUUCUGGAGAAGACAUUAAGGAUGCAGAGCUUGGGUUCAGGGCAAAUGAGAAAGUGGAUAGAAAUGGUAAGAAUUCGGAUGAAGUGCAUUCAAGAAAGAAAAAGAAAGAUGAUCAAAA